UACCUAAACAUUUUCUCAGCAUCCGUCACCCCCCCGCGCUCUCUUCUGGUUCGCCAUUCUCCUCUUCUUUGCUUCUCCAUCCUCUUCACAUCUGUCGGGAAAUUCGUUGACUUCACUCGCCACUGCUCAGAUUGCGAAAUCGAAGAGGACCGGAAAUGGCGGCUUACAUCGUAUCCAGGCGCCUCUCGAGCGGAUCAGGGACGCCUCCUUCGCAGCUUGUGGGUGCUUUGCGUUACGCGGCUUGCUGGAGAUCGUAUUCGACCGCUUUCCGAGAGGAAAGAGACACUUUUGGACCCAUUCUUGUUCCCUCGGACAAAUUGUGGGGAGCGCAAACGCAAAGAUCGCUGCAGAAUUUUGACAUCGGAGGCGAGCGUGAGCGGAUGCCCGAGCCGAUUGUUCGAGCUUUCGGCAUCCUUAAGAAGUGUGCGGCCAAGGUUAACAUGGAAUACGGUCUCGAUCCUUCCAUAGGAAAAGCCAUAAUGCAAGCAUCUCAAGAAGUAGCUGAGGGAAAAUUAAAUGAUCAUUUUCCCCUUGUCAUAUGGCAGACUGGCAGUGGCACUCAAAGUAACAUGAAUGCCAAUGAGGUGAUUGCAAACAGAGCAGCUGAAAUUCUUGGCCGUAAGCAUGGAGAAAAGUUUGUGCACCCAAAUGACCAUGUGAACCGAUCUCAAUCUUCAAAUGACACUUUCCCAACUGUGAUGCAUAUUGCGGCUGCAAUGGAAACAAAUUCAAGAUUAUUGCCAAGUCUUGGGAACUUGCAUACUUCACUUCACUCAAAGUCCAUCGAAUUUAAGGAUAUUGUCAAAAUUGGACGAACUCACACUCAAGAUGCGACUCCUUUGACUCUGGGGCAAGAGUUUAGUGGCUAUUGUACGCAAGUUAAGUAUGGAAUUGACCGUGUCAACUGCACUCUACCUCGUAUGUACCAGCUUGCACAAGGUGGUACUGCUGUAGGUACCGGUCUGAACACAAAGAAAGGGUUUGAUGUAAAGAUAGCUGCAGCAGUAGCUGAGGAAACUAGUUUACCAUUUGUCACUGCAGAAAACAAGUUUGAAGCCUUGGCUGCACAUGAUGCUUUUGUGGAGACAAGUGGUGCCCUUAACACAGUAGCUGCUUCUCUCAUGAAGAUUGCUAAUGACAUUCGGUUUUUGGGAAGUGGUCCCCGUUGUGGCCUUGGGGAACUUAUUCUUCCUGAAAAUGAGCCCGGCAGCAGUAUUAUGCCGGGGAAGGUCAACCCUACCCAAUGUGAGGCUCUUACCAUGGUCUGUGCACGGGUUAUGGGAAAUCACGUAGCCGUUACAGUAGGUGGAUCAAAUGGCCAUUUUGAGCUGAAUGUUUUCAAGCCAAUGAUUGCUAGUGGUCUCUUACAAUCACUGAGACUAUUGGGGGAUGCCUCUUCUUCCUUUGACAAGAAUUGUGUCCAAGGAAUUCAAGCUAACAAGGAAAGAAUUUCAAAGUUACUGCAUGAGUCAUUGAUGCUUAUCACAUCCUUGAAUCCCAAAAUUGGGUAUGAUAAUGCUGCUGCAGUUGCCAAGAAAGCCCACAAGGAGGGAUCCACUUUGAAGGAAGCUGCUCUGAAACUUGGAGUCCUCACAAGCGAAGAGUUCGACAAUCUUGUUGUGCCUGAGAAAAUGAUUGGACCAUCUGACUGAAAAGAAUAGUAGAUUCUCAAGACAAUCGACAUUCUUAGCUGACGGAAGAUUAGCUAGUAUUCCAUUUUUUUUCCCGGCAUUUUUGUCUGCCCCUAUGAAGGAUGAAGGGCUUAUGGCAUUAAAAACUUUCAGAACAUUAUUGUUGGGCGGCAUUGUAUCAAUUGGUCUCAAGCUUGUGUGGCAUCUCACUAGUGACACUAGCAGUUGAUAAGGUUCUCCUCAUCUCUGCUUUCCCUUUAGGUUUGUAUUAUUAACACAAGCAGUCAACAAGGUAAUAAGGAGGCCUACAAUGAGCAUAUUGUAUCCUAGGAAUUUUUUGAUGCCUGAAUAAAAAGAGAGUUCUUUUUCAA